UUCCACGCCUACGGUCUCCGAGGGAACGAAAACAACCCCAUCACCAUCGAAGAAUGAGAAGAGAACCCCCGAAGCAUCGAAAUCUAAGAGUUUUAAAUCACCCUUGACACCGAAAUCGAAAUCGUCGAAUGGCUCGGCCGUGAAGAGCUCAGCGCCACCGAAAAGGGCAGUGCACGAAAUUAGCAGCUCUGACGAAGACGAGCCGAAAACACCCCGGAGGAGUCCAGUCAAGAAAGAAAAAAUAAGCGCCGACGAGUAUUUCAAGAGCAGUCCGCCAAGUGGGAGUCGGACGAGCGAGAGAAGAUCUCCACGGAAGUCCGAGAAGCAUACGAGUCCGAAGAAAGAAACUGCAACCAAGAAAGAACCCGAAACCCCGAAGAUCUCGCGGAAGUCGGAGAAUGUUCCGAAGACGAAGUCCACGAUACAGUCGAAACAGGCAAGCGGGUCAAUGGGGGACGAAGCUCCUAAGAAGCGAAAAAUAGAAUCGGACGAGGAAGUGGAAUCCGCGACCAAGCGACGGAAAGAAACUUCAGCCCCGGAGCCAAGUCCGAGGGGGAGGGCUUCCACCGGGAAUGGAGCAAGCUAUUUGGCCUAUUUAAAUCGGGAGCCACCCCGGCAUCUCGGGGAGAAGGAUCAUCCCGAAGGAUCCCCUGAGUGUAUGAAGAAGUUCACGAUCGUUAUGACAGGGGUCAUGGACUACGUGGAGAAGGACGAGAUCAAACGGAUUGUUGAACAGUGUGGGGGCAAGAUUACGAGUAGCAUUUCCGGCAAGACUACCCAUCUGAUCGCGGGGAGAGAUGCAGGACCAGCAAAAGUUGCCAGAGCUCAGGCGGUGGGCGCAAAAGUUCUGGAGGAGCUGGAAUGGUUCGACUAUGUCGAAUCGAUAACUGACACAUCCAAAGCGUUCAAAGCGAAGGAGAGAGUUGACCCAGUCGAAGAAGUCAUGAUGGAGAUCGAAGAAGCUGAAGCCAAAGCCAAAGCCAAAAAAAGCUCGCCGAGGAAACCGAAGUCCGACCCGGCGAGGGAGGGGGCUCAUUCGAAAACAAGAAGCAGUCCGGAGAAGCGCAAAGAAACACAGUCGGCGGCGGCUUGCGGCUCCGAAUCUCAGCCGAGCACGUCGGCCGCCAAAGCUCCACCAGCCCUGAUGUGGGUUGACAAAUAUAUGCCUUCCGCAACGAAACAGAUAAUCGGUCAGCAGGGAGAUCAGAGCAAUGUGGCGAAGUUGAGACGGUGGCUCACUCAAUGGUCAACGAAGCAGAAAGCACCGUUCAAUAAAUUCAAGAACCCCACCGGAGCCGGUCUCAGAGCAGCUUUGCUGUCAGGACCGCCCGGAGUUGGAAAAACCACAAGUGCUCAUCUGGUGUGCAAGGAGCUAGGUUUCGAGAUUAUCGAGAUGAAUGCCUCUGAUACCAGGAGUAAGCGUUCGCUCAAAGAGGAGGUCGCGACCCUCCUCAGCAAUCGAACAUUGAACAGCACGAAUGCGAAGAGAAAACAUGUACUCAUCAUGGAUGAAGUUGAUGGCAUGUCCGGAAAUCAGGAUCGCGGUGGUAUGCAGGAACUCAUCCAGCUGAUAAAGAGCUCGAUGGUUCCGAUCAUCUGCAUUUGCAACGAUAGAACUCAUCCGAAAAUGCGCUCCCUCGUGAAUUACUGUUUCGACCUGAGAUUCUACAAGCCACAAGUGAAGCAAAUCCAGGCGGCUCUGAUGAGCUUGUGCUUCAAAGAGGGCGUCAAGGUUCCUCCGAAAACGAUAGAGGAGAUCAUCGUUGCUUCAAACCAGGAUAUCCGUCAAUGCGUCCACAGUCUCAACCUAUUCUGUGCAAUCAACGACUCAAGUUCAAAGCAACAGGUCACGAAAGAUGUGAAAAUCGGUCCGUUCGACGUCGUCAAGAAAUUCCUCGUCUCAUCGGAGGGCGGGUCGCUCAAUCUGAAUGAGAGACAAUCUUUGUUCUUCAACGAUUACAACGCUGUUCCAUUAUUCGUCCAAGAGAACUACAUCAAAGUACAGCCAAAGAAUUGCGUGAGGAAACGGGAUCUACUCCAAAGGCUUUCGGAUUCCUCCGAAGCCAUUUGUAUCGGGGACACCGUUGACCGCCAGAUCCGGAGUUCCAAUGCGUGGGCCCUUCUCUCGGUCCAGGCCAUGUAUGCUGCAGUGAUACCCUCGGUCAGGAUGCAAGGAACCAUGCGAGAAAUGGUGAAUUUCCCCGGAUGGUUUGGGAAAUAUUCCACGACGGGUAAACACGCGAGGCAAGCUCAAGCCUUGAACGCUCACAUGAAAUGUUUGAUCAGCGGAGACACCUUCGAAACCACAACCCAAUACAUGCCUCUGAUGACGAAGAAAAUCAUGAUGCCUCUACUCAAAGAAGGGGAAUCAGGCGUGGAUAAGGUCGUUAACUUCAUGGAUGCCUACAGUCUGCAGCGCAGUGAUGUCGACGCCAUGCUGGAGUUGACUUCAUGGAACACUCAGGGGAAAGACCCAUUCGCGGAUGUCCCUUCAAAAGUCAAGGCAAAAUUGACGAGGAGCUUGAACAAGCACCAGAUGCUCCGCUACGCGACGGACGACAUGAUCAAGUCCAAAGGCAAAAAGAUGAAAAAAGAGAAAUCAAAUGGUGGAGAUGACGAGGACGUCGAUGACCUAUCUGAGGAUGAAGUUGAGGUUGAUUUCGACUGA